AUGGGGAAGAAAGCAGCGGCUGCUGCCAAGACGCAGCGCUCUAUCAAGUCAUUCUUUGGUGGAAAUACAGAAGAGACGUCUUUACCCAAGAAACGUAAACUUGCAGAUGAUGAUGACACUGAGAUACCUGCCGAAUCUUUCGUUAAAACAGUGAAGAAACGAAAAAAUACAGCUCAAGAGGAGAAGAAGAAAAAGAAAAUGGAAAAAGAACAAGAAGUAGAACAACAGAUGGAGGAAGAGCCAGAGGACGAUGAAAAGCAAGACGCUAACGAAGAAGAAGAAGAAGAAGAAGAAGAAGAAGAAGAAGAAGAAGAAGAAGAGAAGGAAGUAAAGAGCACGACAAAGCCUGGACGUCAUCGACUGCGGCAAUGUAUAGUAGAGGAGGAGGACGAAGACAGUGACAUGGAUUUACCCAUCAGUACUAACGAUAAGAAAGUGAAGAAGAAUGAGGUGAUUGACAUGACGUCGCCAGUGUCAAUUUCAGAGAAUGUCGAGAAGGCGAUGGAGAUGGUUCUGAAGGAUAAGAAGAGUAUUAAGAAGAAUGAGAAGACAAAGAAGAACAAGGAGAAGAACGAAAAGGAUGAGAAAAAAGAGGUUGACGAGGUUGACGAGGUUGACAAUGUUGACAUGAAGAAGAUUGCUUCUUUAGCCGAGAGAAAGACAGUCACAGCAGCAUCAAAGACUAUUUUUUUCACUCCCGUCUCGAAGAAGGCGAGAAAGGGUAUAAAAUCGUCCCCAAUGGACGAUAAGAAGGAGACAAACAUCAAGAAAGAAAUCGACGAUGUUACGUUAAAGCAGGAAGACGAGAGCAACGAUGUUCGGAAGACUCCUUAUUGUGCUCUAGCUCACUUGUUUGCAAAGAUUGAAGAAGUUACUGGCCGUCUUGUUAUCCAGGAUCUACUGACGACGUUCUUCCGAGAUGUCAUUCGUCGUUCACCGGACGAUCUAUUGGCUUGUAUCUAUCUAUGCGUGUGUGUGGAUCUGGCACCGCCUUUUGAAAACCUCAAGAUUGGUAUUGGUGAUGCUAUUCUCAUGAAAGCUAUCGGCGAAGCAACAGGUGCGAAUCUCAAGUUUAUUAAGGAAAUGUACCACAAGGAGGGCGAUCUUGGUAAGGUUGCACAGAAUGCACGCUCAAAGCAAAAGACGUUGUCAUUUACAUCUCUUACACCGGCCUCUUCAAAGGGUACUGAACUUACCGUCCAGCAUGUGUACGACCAGUUCGUUAAGAUCGCUAAGAUGACUGGAAACAACUCGCAACAACAAAAGUGCUCGAUUAUCAAAGGCUUGCUGGUAAAAUGUGAAAAGGAAAAGAAGUCCCAAGAUAAGGAUGCACAGUCAGCAGAAGGGGCCAAGUACAUUAUUCGUGGACUUCAGGGUAAGCUUCGUAUCGGACUGGCAGAAAAGUCGAUUUUGAUGGGGUUGACAUACGCGUUCAUGACGGACAAGGAUUACAAAGACAAAGAAAAACAGCAGGAGGCUCUAACAUUUGUUAAGAAGGCCUUUGCGGAGUGUCCAAGCUACAACGCAUUGGUUGCAGCGUUUUGCGAACUGCAGAGGAAUGUCCCUUCGGCUCCUUUCCUUCGCGUGAAGGACUUUGCAAAGGUUGCUGAGAAGUGUGUGCUGACACCAGGUACGCCAGUAUCUCCCAUGCUUGCUCGUCCAACCAAGGCGUAUGCGAUGGUGUUCGAUCGUUUUGAAGGCAAACCGUUCACUUGCGAGUACAAGUAUGAUGGAGAACGCGCACAAAUUCACAUACUUUCAACCGGAGAAAUGGCCAUUUUCUCUCGCAACUUCGAGAACUCUACAGAGCGGUUCCCUGAUGUCAAACUGGCAAUCUCAAACGCUGCCAAGCCUGGCAUUGUCAAGAGUUGUAUUGUUGACACAGAGGUGGUCGCCGUUGAUCGUGCUACGAACAAGCGUUUGCCCUUUCAGAUUCUCAGUACACGUUCUCGAAAGAACGUCAAGCUGGAGGAUAUCAAGGUUUUUGUGUGUAUCUACGCAUUUGACUUGCUGUAUCUCAACGGUGAAUCGUUCCUUGGCACUCCAUUAGCGAAACGACGUGAAAAACUGCGUGAGAUGUUUGAGGUGAAUCCUGGUAACUUUGAAUUUGCGACCUCAUUAGAUGUAGAGGAUAGUGUCGAUGUGAAAGAUAACCCCGAGGCGAUGGAAGAAGCUGUGGAUAAGGUCCGUAAUUUUUUGGAGGAGGCUGUGCGCGAAAACUGUGAAGGCCUGAUGGUGAAAACUCUCGAAAAGGAAGCAACUUACGAGCCUGCUAAUCGUUCUCACAAGUGGUUAAAGCUGAAGAAGGAUUAUCUCGACGGCAUUGGUGACUCAGUGGACCUAGUUCCGAUUGGUGCAUUCCAUGGACGUGGCAAGCGCACUGGUGUAUACGGUGCAUAUCUACUAGCUUGCUAUGAUCCGGACACCGAAAUGUACCAACCAAUUACAAAGCUGGGUACUGGUUUGUCUGAUGAAGUGCUUAAGAAGUUUUACGAUCAACUGAAGGAGAAAGUCGUGGAUAAGCCUCCUAGUGACUAUGCUGUUGGUGAAGGAAGCAAGCCUGAUGUUUGGUUUGAGGCAAGUUGUGUGUGGGAAAUUUUAGGCGCAGAUCUGUCCAUCUCGCCAAAGUACACGGCAGCCAUCGGUCUCGUUGCCAAGGACAAGGGUAUUUCACUACGCUUUCCCCGCUUUAUUCGCAUCCGUGAUGACAAGACGACAACGGAGGCGACCAACUCAUCUCAGAUUGCCGACCUGUACAAAGCCCAGGGUCUCACUACUGUAACAAAUGGUGAAGACGAUGAGGGCGAUGAUAUGCUUAUCUAA